UGUUUUGAAUUUUUAUUUUUAAAAAUUUAUUUCCUAAUUUUUAAUAAUUAAUAAGAUUACCAAUUGAAAACUGUAAAUUGAAUUCGAUGACAAAAUGUAUUGUGCUCAAUGUCGAACCCGACUGGUUGCCACGCACGAUAAAUUAGUAGGUCUUUAUAGAUGCUCGAGUGGACAUCUGGUUUGCGAAAAAUGCACUAAGGAGGCGAAUGGAAGUUGUGGUGUAUGUGGAACUCGUAACUUACGUUUUACAUCUUUAAACUCUAUGUUUCCGGUAACAAAGUUUGCUACGUCAAACCAAAACCAAAAUGACACAUCAUUUUCUUCUAAUGACAUUGGUACCAGUAUCUAUCCUCCUCCUCUAAAAAGUAGAACGACUUCUAAAACUAACAUAGGUCAACAAUAUAAGCAAUGUGGAAGUGUACAAACUAAUGCUAUCCGGAAUGUGGGAGGUGGUUCUAUAGCUGAUUCAGUGCCUAAAAGUAUAAAAAAUGAAAUUCUGAGCUGUGCUACGGAAAUCGUAAGACUCUGUAGAGCACAAUUUGAAACGGAUGUAGAGGAAGCGAGUUCAGAACCGGUUCCACCUCCACGAGUAUCAUCUUAUGGUACCCCUUUUGAGCAGCGGAAUCCGCAGAGUACGGUUCCACCUGUGCCAAAUUUUCAACAUCCAAAUUUGCAAGUUCCACCUUCACCAUACUAUCCAUUAAAUUUAAACCAAGCUGUGCCAACUAUUCCGUACACUUCAGAAUUGAGUGCUUUGUUAGUAGAAAAUCAACGUUUGCAAGGCGCAAAUACGGAACUAUUGCAGGCACUUAACACUACGAAUCAAGAAACUGCAGAAUCGGUACAAUCUGGUCAUUAUACCUCCUCGUCCAGUGUCGCGUCAGAGCAUAGAGAUCAAAAAUUUCAAAAUAAUAAGAGAACACAAUGCUCCAACAGCAUUUGCAACUACGCUAAACAAGUUGAAAGAAAGAAGAGUUCACACCUAAAUGCAGAAGAAUCUUAUCAAAUGAACAAGGUUCACGAAGCAGAGCCAUGCACAUCAGAUUUUAAGGAACUGGUAUUAGAAAAUAAACGUUUGAAGUCCAGAAACAAGAAACUAAUUAUUGCGCUUAAUAAUGCAAAUCAAGAAUCAAUGCAUUCGAAAUCUACUUCCCAUAUGCCUAUGUUACCAGGCAUUCGGUCACAGCAAGAGCAUACAAGGCAUUUCACUAACAACGCCGGUAAAUCCCGUAGCGUUCAGAAUCACGUUAUGGAUAUGAGAAAUAAGGAUUCAAACAAAACUAAAGUGCAGAAUAAUCAUAGUGCAAAAACUUAUACAGUUUGUAAAGGUGUGCGUAAGCGAAGUCCAGAUCCAGCCAUGAAAGCUGAGAACAAAGUUAAAGAACAACCAAUCAAGAAUCAUUCAAAAAAUAAACUAAAAAAUGUACAAGAAAUACCAGCUCGCAACGAAGAGAGUUCUUUCGAUAGUUCUGAUUCAGAGUGCAACGAAGUUUUUUAUCAAUUAAAAAAUAAAUUACCUAACUGUCAUGUCAAAGGUUCCAAGAAGAAUAAACAUGAACCACACAUACGUCGUCAAAAUUCUCGUGCAGGUGGUAUGAGGAAAAAAACCGAUCAGCACUCAGAUGUACGCUUGCAGAAACUUAUAAGCGUUAUGCAUGAAGGUCCACAACACUCGAAAAGUGUAAAACUAGCUCGCGCAAAGGAAGCCCAUUCUACAAUUUCGAAAGAUAAAAAAGAAAUCAAUAUCGAUAAAACACGCAACCUCUGUAGAAAAAUGUACAGGACUUUAGCCAAACAAAAAGCACAAGCUAAUGAUGAAGUCUCCGAUUCACCACGUCCCUUGCGUGAAACUUACACAAAAAGUGAAAUGGCUAAAAUGGCUUCACAAGUAGCCAGAGCCAAGUACAUUCAAAGCAAAUUAUCGAUUAAAGUCGUAGGAAGAAAAUUACUAACAGAUCCAAAUCCAAUUGCACAAUUUGAUAUCAUGGAGUACCCAUUAAAAUCAAUUAGUUCACUUGAAUUACUCGCCGCACAACGUAAGUGUAUCAAAACAAUUAAUGCUAAGAAAGAUAUCCUGCCAUUACACCCCUUUCCCUGUUCGGAGGGUCACUGCAAAAUGCACGUUUUUAGUGCGGAUUUUACUAAACAUGUGCAUAAUGAUCACAGUUAUUUGCAUACAGACCGUUUACUACCAAGGACUUAUAGGAAUUUCUUUAUUAAUAUAAAUGAGGCCUUAUGCGAUGCACCAAGAAGCCAUUAUCUUUACCUGGUAAAAAAUAAAAUUAGAAACUUAGGCACUCUUGUAUUUCAAGACGUUUUGCCUUUGUUGAUUAUGACAGCCCGUCUUCGUUUGAGUGAUAUGAUAGAAUGUGACGAACAAAUUUCACCAGCGGAAGAUAUAGAUUUUCUAAUAAUCUGGAUGUGCGGUUUAGAGCCGGAAUCACGGCCGUUAGGUGCAACCUUGGCAAUUUGGAAGCCUGCAGUUGAACGUUCAAAAUGCCAUUUUGUUUACUCAGGCAGAAUUUUCAAAGCUGCACAUAAUACAACUACAUUGAAUGUUUACAAAAGUGGAAAAUGUAUUUUAUUGACUCCGCAACAACAGCGAGCUCUAUUAGUCAGAGAUCAAUUCUUGCAAAUGCAAAUAUACGUCCACUAAACAAAAUCAAAAUGUAUUUACAACUAAUUUUUAAAAUAUUUUCAAAAUUCUAUUUUGGUCCUUAUAAAAAUUAUAGUUAAUAUAUCUGUUUUACGGAACACCCACAAAAUCCCAUUCAACAUUUAUGUAUAUAAAUUGUGUGGACCGAGUGUUCGAAGUAUAACGAUACUUUAUUUGAUACUGGAAACCUAUUUUGAAAAAAUUAAGCAAUUUUAAUGUUAUUUUGAAUAAAUAAAGCCUUACAUUUUGAUAAGAAAAA